AUGGCACAAAAAUCUUCGCAUGCCUACAGCUUUGCCAAGCAUGAACUGCCCUCUGGGCCUUCUCGUGAAAGCUGUUCACUUCGUGAUGGGUUUGAGUUCCGAGGCCAGGAAAAGCCAAUGCUUUGCGGAGCUGCUGAAACUAUUUCCGCAUGGCGUGUGGAGAUUGAAGAGAGGGCUGAAGCCUUGGGCAGCUUUGCUGCAGAUUGCCUCUUGGCAAGAACAGGCUUUGAGCUUGGCCCGAUCAAGUCGGAAACGCUGCACAGCGAGCGGGCUCUCACAGCUCGUCGCGCUGAUGGUCUUCGCAUGCGACGAGAGGAGUUGUUGGCCCAGCUUCACGCGGUGGAGGAAGAGCUGCAAGAGGUGGAAUCCCGUGAUGCGGAACUGAACCGACGAGAAUCGCACCUGAAGAACAGCAUGGCCCGUGUGUCCACCGAACUAGCUGAACAACGUGAAACCUGUCAGGAGAACGGGCUAGUGGCUGCUUGCAGACAGCGGCUUCUUCUGUCAACGGUGGAGACUUCAAAGACAGUGGAAGAACCUUGGCAAAAGCAAAAGGAAGCUACUAGCGAUGGCCUCCAACCUAGUAUUUCAUUGCCCAACUGCAUUGGCUCUUGA